AUGGAUAUUCCACCAGGUUUUGAUAAAGAAACAAGACCAAAUAAGGUAAAGCUAACGCCAUUUAGACUCAACCAAUUCCAAGAACAUGGUUUGGCAGAUGUAAACUCCCAACCAUUUAUGCGUUGGAGAGACCGUUUCUUAUUUUGUGCCGAAGCUAUUAAUAAAGCACAGGUUGAAACCAGUGAAAUCAAAGGGCAUUAUUUGAAUGUUACUGCAGGUACAUGCGAAGAAAUGAUCAAAAGGGCUGUAUUUGCCCGAGAAUUGGGAGCUCCUAUCAUAAUGCAUGAUUACUUAAGCUGGAAAACCUCAUGCACCUAUAUUAUGACCCAUUGCACACAAUCUGGUAAAAUAUUACCAGACCAAAUAUAUUGAUUUAUUAAAGAAAAACUUGAGAGCAGCCUAAUAUGUACUCUAUACAUGUCUACCAAUUCUUAACUAGAAGAUAUAUUGACUAAAAACUUGAACAAUCUAGUUUUAAAACUCUUAUCGUUAAGGUGAGAAUAGACGACAUUUACUCCCCAACUUGAGGAAGAAUGUUCAAGAAAGAGUAAAUUAGGUUAAAAAUAUAAGAGUAAAACAUAUGUGAUUAAUUGUAAAUAAUUGUCUAUUUUCUUUCUUAUCUUAUGAAACCUGUAUGUAUAGAGCUAUGAUAUUCAAUAAAAAUUCAUCAACCAUUUUUAACACAUAACCAACGCAUUUUCUUUAAAUGGCUAAGGUAGAACCAAUGAUGAUUAUCUUUUAACAGCUUAACAAAACUAAAACCCUAGAUUUUGACAGCUUAUGCAGGACCAAGCACUAGUCUUAACAGAUUAAAUAGAACUAAUUCCUAAUUCUUCAACAGCUAAGGUAGAAACAAUAGACAAAAAGCACAUAUGGGAGGUGGUGAGCCUACCUGAAGAAAAAGGUAUUUGAGAUGCAAAUAGGUGUUCAUCAUAAAGUACAAAACUGACGAUAUAAUAAACAGCUAUAAAAUCAAGCUUGUGGCUGAGGGAUACACUUGGGUAUAUGGAAUUACUUAUCAAAAGACCUCUGCACCUAUUACUAAGAUGAACACGAUCUGAGUACUAUUAUCCUUAGUUGCCAACUAUAAUUAGCAACUGCACUAUUUUGAUGUGGAAAAUAUCUUCUUACAUGUAGGCCGACAGGAGGAAAUUUACAUAGAAAUUUUUCCAGGAUUCACAAAGAAUAUAGGAGUCAACAAGGUUUGCAUAUAAAAAAAAAGCUUUAUAUAGACUCAAACAAUCAUGAAAAGCAUAGUUUGGAAAGUUUUCAUCAGUAGUUGGCAAUGCGGUAAGUAUGUUGUAUUUCACUCAUCAAGCACUCAAAGAUUCAGAAGGCGUAAUAACCCUCUUGGUAUAUGUCUACGACAUUAUUGUGACUAGUAAUAAUAAAAACAAGAGAUAGGUACUUCAACAGUAUCUAGCCAAGGAACUUGAAAUUAAAAAAGAGUAGAAGGAACUAAAAUAUUUUCUUGAUAUUGAAGUGACCCAUUCAAAACAAUGAAUAUUCAUAUGUCAACAAAAAUACAUCAAACGAUUAAUACAACAAAUUGAUCCCAACCAUAAGUGAGGGUUAACAUAGAAAGACACAGCCAUCAGCAAGACGUACCGAAGGGUAGUUAGGAGACUUAUCUAUUUGUCUCACACUAUACCAAACAUUAUGUAUGUGAUAAAUGUGAUUAGCUAGUUUAUGCACAAUCCUAGAGAAGUGCACUUAGAGGCAGCAUAUAGAUCGUUACAGUAUUUAAAAAGAAUACCAAGAAAUGAUAUCAUAUUUAAAAAAAAAAAAAAAACUAGAUUACUACUUGAAAUCUAUACUGAUGCAGACUAUACUGAAUUAGUAGUGGAUAAAAGAUCUACUACAGGUAAUUCUACAUUCCUUAGAUAGAAUCUGGACACACUGAGAAACAAGAAACACAAUGUGGUGGCAGGAUCCAAUACAAAAUCAGAAUUUCAAGAAAUGGAUCAAAGAAUUUAUGAGCUAUUAUGGUUCAAAAUGAUUUUGGAAGAUCUAUAGGUUAAGUAAGAUGCUCCAAUGAGACCCUAUUAUGACCAUAAAGCAGUAAUUAGCACUGUCCACAAAUUAGUACAACGUAACAGGAUAAAACAUAUUGAAGUAGACAAGCUCUUCAUCAAGGAGAAGCUAGAAAGUUACUUGAUUUGCACACUUUAGAGGUCUACCAACUCGUAACUUGCAAAUAUGUUUACUAAAAACUUAAACAAUCCAGCAUUUCAGACAAUCAUCAUCAAGUUAGGAACAGACAAUAUCUAUUCACUAACUUGAGGACGAAUGUUGGGAUGUGUAUAUAUAUGUAAUUUAUUAUGUGAGAUAUAAGACCAGAA